UCAUGGUGGAACCUCUCUGCUUGAGCCAGGGCUCUCCAUCUCCAGAUCCGCAGUCCACCUCUAUCCCAUGGAAGAAACUUCUCUACCUCAGACAACCAUACCCGGACAACUACACUGACACGUCGUUUCUCUCGCAGUUGAAGCGCAACCUGACGGUGGAGCCAUACUACCAUCUCAAGGUGAUCCACGACUUUUCGCUCCAGCUCUCGCACUGGAACUGUCUCUCGGUGGUUGCGGUCAUCUUCUACGGCUUCUACACCUAUGACUGGAGCCCGCUCCGGGUGUUUAUCCCCGUGAGCGUGUUGAGCAUCGUCACCGCCACGACGUGUCUCGGGUAUCAGGCGGUGUUCCGCUACCUCAAACCGACGGUGAUAAUCAUCUUCAUCACCUUGGUGUUGUCGCCAGUGUUGAAAUCUUUAACAAAGUCUACGUCUUCCGACUCCAUUUGGGCGCUCUCCGUUUUUCUCAACAUUGUCAACCUCAUUUCCCACGACUACUUCUCCAAUCCCUACUACAUUGCCGAUUCACCCGACUCUGCCUCCCCCAAGCCCUCCAAGCUCAUGACCACGUUUUCCACCAACGUGCUCAUCGCAAACUCCAUUUUAUUGGCCUCCCGACUCCGCUCGUCUCUUGCGGUGUUCUUUUUCAUCACCAUCAGUAUCCAAGUGAACGGUCUAUUCCGUGCCUUUGACCUCUUUGUCAUCAAGGGCCAGGGUACCGCCUCUGGCAGGUUCCGUAACGUGGAAACGGGUCGGGUUAACCGCAAGGGCGUGUUCCAUUGGACGGCUCUAACUUUUACCGUGACUGCCCUCUCGCGCGCGAUAUUCCUCAUGUGUGGACCGUUGAUCAUGACACACUGGAUUUUGGCCAAUAUGGCCAUCAUCAUCGGCGGGCCGUCGCUCUUCCUCUACUUCCAGCGGUUCAAGAACGAGAUCCAGGGCCCGUGGGACCCCGCCAAGCCCAUUCUUCUGAAAGGGAAGUAAAUGAGGUUGUAUGCAUUCCAUUGACAUUUAUUCUUAGACAUAUUAUAUACUCAAACGUACAAAAUGAGUGUCCCA